GUAUUCCUUUUUACCUUGGUUUCUAACCAGAAUUUUCAUCAUUGAGAUGAGUUAUCAAAUUGUGUAUUUUAAUACAAAAUUAAAACUCAGACUUUCCAAUCAGAUUAAUAAACAAUCUGAAUCAGAAAUCUGAGACCUUUUAAAUGUUUUUAGUGAAAAUUAAAUGCUUUUUUGCUGUGAUUUUUCGUUAAUCAAAGAUUAUUGUUCCUUAUAAAUUGAACCAACAAAACGAGAUUGUCUCGCUGAGUGUCUAAAUUUUUAUGCUACCUUGUUAACAACUUGAAGUUAAUUUGUUUACUUUUGACUUGGUGCUUAUCGAUCAGCAUUUACAAGAAAAACUUGUUCUGCUUUCAGCUGAUUGUUUCUUCAUCUCUCUCUCUCCAUUCCAAUUCUCCAUUGAUUGUUAUCAUUCUUUUCUACUGUUUUUUUCCUUGUUUCAAUAAUCAUAUAUUUUCUGAUCAAGUUAACUCAACUCAAUUUCCAUCUCAUGUGACACGUUAAUAUUACAUUUCAACUCAUUGUUUUGCCAAUAUUCUUAAGUGUACAAUGAGUAAAAUAAUCUACAAUCGUGCCUGUCGUUCGUUUCUUGCUAACUAUCUCAAACAGUCCAGAAAUCAAGUUCACAGCCGACUUUUUGGAUGUUCAAGUAAAUCUAUGUUUGAGCGUGUCCAAAGCUCGCAUAGCUCAAAAGUUAUUCCUUCGUUGUUAGCUUUCACUUUGGCUUACGCCUACUCUGAGCCUAAAGAUGAAGAGAGACAACUUCUGGAGCAAGCUGAUAAACUGUUUGAUUCAAAUAAAUUAGAGGAAAUGAUCUCCCUAUUAAAAUCUUUAAAAUGCUGGGAAGAAAAUAAUGAGGUUCUUUGGAGGAUUGCUCGUUGUAACUAUCACCAACUCAAAUACCGAACUGAUAAAGGUUCUCAAGAGUACAUGAGUAUAUUAGAGGACUCUUUUUCGCUGGUUGAAAAAUCUUUGAAGAUUAACGAUAAAUGUGGAUCAGCUUACAAGUGGGCUGCCAUUAUUUUAGAUGAAUAUUCAACGGCACAAGGAACUAAAGCUCGUAUAGCUAAUCUGCUGCGAAUCAAAGAAUUCAUGGAAAAAGCCAUUGAAUUUUCACCUCACGACCCGACUGCUUACUAUCUUCUUGGAGAAUGGCAUUAUGGCUGCUCAUCUGUUACUUGGGUCGAGAGGAAUCUUGCUAAUUUAUUUUUCGGUUCAUUACCAGAGGCAAGUUACGAGUUAGCCCUUGAGUUGUUUGAAAGAGCUGAAAAAAUUGAAUCAGGAUUUUAUUCAAAAAAUCAAAUUAUGAUUGCCAAGACAUUGUUGGCUUUAAACCGGGAAAAGGACAGAGCAACAAACCAUCUCAAAUCAAUUGUAAACAAAUACAAAGGAUCAGUGAAGUGGGCUGACACUGAAGCCUACAAGGAAGCAACUCAACUACUUAACAAAAUGGGUGAAAAAGUUCCUGACUAACUACCGUUAAUUUAGCUCGUCAAGAUUUUCCAGACAACUGAGGAACUUUUUUCGUCAUCAUUUUAGGUAUUUUAUUUUUUAAGAGUUUCUCAAAACGAAAAGGCAACUUUACUAAUCUGGACCGACUGGUCAACCACAAUUGCGGUCCAAGCCUUGAUGCCUCGACGCCUCUCUAUUUAAAUUGUAUUACGAGCUUUUAUUUCCCAUUAUAACUCUAUUCUGUUGAUCAGUAAGACAAGUGAAUCAGUUGUUAAACUAGCGGAAUAGUGGACUUGGAAUCAAUGUCAAUUGGAUCGACCCAAUUCAAAAGGACUCUCCACCAAUGAUGUUACACCUAACUUUUAAUUUUUAAAAAAUUGUCAAUUUUUUGUUGUUCAAAUGAAAAGUCCAGAUUGUCAACAAUUAUUAUCUCACAGGUUUGAGAGCAACAGAUGUACCCUUAAUUUUUAUUGUCCCAGACAAAUAAUCAAGUAAACUUUCAUAUUGAUUAUUGCUUGUUUCAAAUAAAAAUUUGUCUCCCAAUACA